AUGAGUGAAGCUACAAAGUACAAUUUGAAAAACCCAGGCGUAAAGAGAAUUAUGCAAGAGGCUAAAGAAUUGGCGAGUGAGAGCACCUAUGAAUAUAGCGCUCAUCCACUGGAGGACAAUAUAUUUGAAUGGCAUUUCACAGUACGUGGACCCAAAGAUACAGAUUUUGAAGACGGAAGAUACCAUGGACGUAUCAUUUUACCAAAUGAAUAUCCUUUCAAGCCGCCCGAGUUGAUUUUUUUGACACCAAAUGGUAGAUUUGAAUUAAACACAAAAAUCUGCCUUAGCAUUACUGGAUUUCACCCAGAGUUUUGGCAGCCAGCAUGGGGAAUUCGAACAGUAUUGCUGGCAGUGAUUGGGUUCUUUCCUACAGAGGCAAGAGGGGCUAUCGGUGGGUUAGAUUACUCUAAAGAGGAACGUCGUCGAUUGGCAAAAAAAUCCAUUGGUUGGGUCUGUCCUGUUUGCGACGUAAAUACAAAAGAUGCAUUGAGUGAUACACCACCAGAUGUUCCUAGCAAAAAGGAACAAUUGCCAGAUUUUAUGAUCACAUAUAAACCCGAACGUGUAGAAGAUCAAAAAGAGCAAGAAGAUUCAACAAAAGCUGCUGGAUCGAGUCAAAGCAGCAAUAGUGAUAAUCUGCAACUGUCAACAGCAGUUGAGGAUUUGGAAUCAAAGAAUGAUGAAAAGGGUUCAAUCAAUGAUCCAGCAUCCUCAGCGACAACAGCCGAAAAUGUACCUCCUCAGAUCAUUCAACCUCAAGUCAUGGCUGUCAAUGGCAUGUCUACGAAUACCAACAGCAGCGAUGCUAGCACUCCUCAGCAAAGUGAUGCAUCUCCUUUAUGGUUAGAUGCACUGAUUGCAGGGCUUGUCUCGUUUAUUGUAGUUCUUGUUUGUCGUAGAUAUUUUUUCUAA